AUGAUUACAACAAGUACCGUAGAGAUCGACAACACUCAGGGUGCCGCGUCGCAGAACCUCGCGCAGACCAUGCUGGCCAACAUCAACGCACACAAGCUGUCGCCGUCCUUCAAGCUGUACGAGUACAGCACGCACGACACGAUGCUGGCGCCGCUCGCCGUCACCCUCGGUGACCACAGCGAACUCACAAUGCGCGCCCCGUACGCCGUCACCAUUAUCGUGGAGCUGCUGCAGGACACGGAGUCGCCCAACGACUGGUACGUGCGUCCGGUGCGCGGCAGCCCGACACGGCAGGCCAACGGCAGCUACGUGUUCCAACUCAUGAAUCUGGAGGUGCACUGCAUCGACGCUGCCGGCAACCAGUACCUGGCGACAACCGGCAUCUGUCCGCUCGACGGCUUCCGCCGCAUGGUGGACUACUCCCGCCCCUCCGUCCCCAACGGGCAGUGCACCUUGGCGCAGAACCAGUAUGAUAACAUGGGAUGCCCGCGCACCGUUGCGGAUGGCAAGCCGGUUCAGGGCUACUGUUGGAUGUACCGCUAUGUAUGCCCUCAGACCGCCUGCCCUGAUGGGAACGUCCUGGGUCGCGAGGACCUCCAGUGCUACCCGACUGGCGGCAACACAUCCUAG